GUCAAGAGAAGAAAUCACGGACGUAACAAGAACGGACGUGGCCACGUCAAGCCCGUCCGCUGCUCCAACUGCUCUCGCUGCGUCCCCAAGGACAAGGCUAUCAAGCGCUACACCGUCCGCCCCAUGGUUGAGUUGGCUGCCGUUCGUGAUAUCACUGAGGCUCUUGUCUACAAGGAGUACACCUUGCCCAAGUUCUACAUCAAGAUCCACUACUGUAUCUCUUGCGCUGUUCACGCCCACAUCGUCCGUGUCCGCUCCCGCGUGGGUCGUCGCAGCCGUGCUCCCCCA